GCAUUGCGUCACGUUGAUGAAUUUGAAGUGAUGCUACCGAGAGGCGCAUCCGUCCGCUCAGGAUAAACAAAUCUGCGGCAGUCGCUGUCAUUUGCGUGCAGAAUAACAGUUAACGGACGUCGCCGAAAAGCGUUAACGGAUUUUUGACUGCGUGAUGUGUUAGAAACACCGCUCAAAUCAGCGUGCGGGUGUGUGGAUGUGAGUGUGUUUGUGUACACACGGUUACACUCAGGUGGGCCGAGCGGGUUUUGCGCGUGUCGUCGGUGGACUCGCGCACCUAACGGUCAUAUAAACCCGCGCUCCCGCUCGGUAUGAUCGGUGAGGCUCAUGCACGCGCUCAUCCGUUCGAUAUCCGCUCCAUCCCGGGGUGUGACAGAUAGACACGGGUCCGCCGCCGCUGCGCCCAUGGCGGGUCCCGCAUUCACCGGCGCGCACGGGACCUGGAUCACACCCCGGUUAACGUUACGGGAGGACGCGUCAUCAUCUUCAUCGUUAUCCUCAUCAUCCUCGGCGGAGAAACCGCGCAAACGGAGAGCCUUUAACCUGGUCAAACUGCGGCAGCCCACCGCCCCCGGUAACAACAACACGCCGUUUGUGAUCUCCGGCCACAUCAAGCACAUCUGCAGCAACUGCAGCCGCGGGAAUGACAUCCGGGAUGCAGAGGGUGCGGAGCGUCUGGCAGCGAUGCGCUCAGAUUCUCUGGUUCCCGGCACGCACACUCCACCCAUCCGCAGACGCAGCAAACUGGCCAGCCUAGGACGACUCUUCAAACCCUGGAAAUGGAGAAAGAAAAAGAGCGACAAUUUCAAGCAGACGUCUGCAGUGCUGGAGAGGAAGAUGUCGAUGCGUCAGAGCAGAGAAGAGCUCAUCAAGAGAGGUGUGCUGAAGGAAGUCUAUGAGAAAGCAGACGAGGUCAGCGGUGACGGUGCUCGUGUGUGUGUGAGUGAUCUGGAGAGACAGACGGUUCUCAGUCCAGUAUCAGAGUCUGCAGACAGCAGUGUCACAGCCACAGUGUCGUUCUCAGAGGUGACGUCGUCUGCUGAAGGUUUGCCGUGUCUCUCAGAUCUCGUCCCGAAGCCAUCUCAAGCCCCGCCCCCUGUGAAGCCGUUGCAGAGCGACAGCGCUGACAUCAGUCACGUGAGGCCGCCGUCGCUCAAGCAGCCGCCAGCCUUACCGCCAAAGCCAUACAGCAGAAUCCCCAACCAUCUCACAGAGACGCUCGCUCGACUGUCACCGCCGCUCCCGCCAAAGAAAGUGAUGAUCUGUGAGCCACCGGCCACUUUCCCUCUCAAAUGCCUGCCGCCGCAGGGCUCACACGUGCACACGCACACACACACACUCACACACACACACUCACAGCAGUACGCAACCCUGCCGCUGUCACUGCACCCGCCCAGCCGCAUCAUAGAGGAACUGAACAAGACCCUUGCGCUCACCAUGCAGAGACUGGAGAGCUCUGUUCUGCAGGCGGUGCCAUCUGUCCUGAUGGAGACUGAAGAGGAGAAGGAGAACAGAGAAUCACUGCACCAAACUCCUGCCGUCACACACACACACACACUGGUCACACACACCUUCAGCACGCGAGAGGAAGAAGACGAGGAGGAGGAAGAGGACGACGAUGACUCACUGUUUACAAGUACACUCGCUUUGAGGAUCUUACGGAAAGAUUCUCUGGCGAUCAAACUGAGCAAUCGGCCGUCAAAGAGAGAGCUGGAGGAUAAAAACAUCCUGCCCAUGAUGAGCGACCAGGAGAGACUCGAGUCCAGACAGCAGAUCGGCACCAAACUCACCCGGCGUCUCAGUCAGAGGCCGUCAGCAGAAGAGCUGGAGCAGAGGAACAUCCUCAAACCUCGUAAUGAGCAGGAGGAGCUGGAGGAGAAACGGGAGCUCAAGAAGAGGCUCUCCAGGAAGCUGAGUCAGAGACCCACUGUAGAGGAGCUCCGAGAGGCUAAAAUCCUCAUCCGCUUCAGUGAUUAUGUGGAAGUGGCAGAAGCUCAGGAUUACGACCGGCGAGCAGACAAACCCUGGACCAGACUGACCGCUGCUGAUAAGGCUGCCAUACGCAAAGAGCUCAACGAGUUCAAGAGCUCAGAAAUGGAGGUUCACGAGUCCAGUCGACAUCUAACCAGGUUUCAUCGGCCGUAGUGAAUCUCUGUCAGACUUUACUGAGACACUGAACAACAGACUGAGCUGCUGCACAUCUGAUCUGGAAUCAGCAGAUGCCACUCUCAUGGAUUUACAGAAGCGACCCGAUCUGUGGAUAUUUGUGCAUCUUUUUUUUUUUUUUUUGACAAAAACUGACGUAUUCUGUGCUCUUGGCCAUGAGUUUCUCCUUUGGUCUGCCAGGCGAUGAUGGUUUUUACCACAGCAGAUGUAGUUGAUUUUAUACUUGUGACGGAGACCAGUUCUUUUAGUUUUCAGAAACCGAAAAAAACACACACACAAGGGAAAUGACUUUACUAUCCACCCCAAACAUCAACAUCUUUUAUCACACACUCUUUGUGCUUUAAUUCUGAACAUUUCUGCAUCUGGACACACUCUUAUUGCAUUCAGAUCCACAAUAAACAGCAGAUCUUUUGGUGACACUUUACAACAAGUUUGCAUUUGUUAACAUCUGUCAGCUAACAGUGGAGCAUAUUCAGAAACAGGGCUGUGCAAUACUGACAGACGCUGCAGUAUGGUUUAUUUAUAUAAUGAUAAUUCAAUAUUUUACUGACCGACACAAGACGCACACAAAAAAAUUAGUGGGGGAAAACAAUGGUGUUGCUGGGGGUUAUUACAAGACUUGUGCACUUUUAUGACUUGGAAAAAAUCUAUUAUAUUGUAUUCAGUUUUUAUGAAGUUGCCAAAUAUGGUUCUUCACCCAAUAAAGGGUUAAUGAGUGAUUCACUGAAUCAUUCAUUCAAAUGAUUCAUUCAAAACAGCUGAUUCAUUUCUGAACAGGUCUUCAUAAAUAAUCAGUUUAACUAAUAAUCACUGCUUCAGUAUUAAUGAAUUUUUUAAUAUAAGUAUAUACAUAUUUUGUUAUUAGCGUUUAUUAAAUUAUUAAAGCAUACAUGGUUCUUCACCCUAUAAAGGGUUAAUCAAUUCAUAAACUCAAUUCAAUCAAUUCAUUCAAAAAGCGGGUCUUUAUAAAUCAGUUUUAAUCAUUCAAAUUUAAAGGAACAUUUGUGCAACACUGCUUUAUUUCGUAUAUAUAUAUAUAUAUAUAUAAACUCACUGGCCACUUUAUUAGGUACACCUUACUAGUAACAGGUUCCAGUUGCCUUCAGAACUGCCUUAAUCCUUCAUGUCAGAGAUUCAACAAGCUACUGGAAAUAUUCCUCAGAGAUUUUGCUCCAUAUUGACAUGAUAGCAUCACACAGUUGCUGCAGAUUUGUCGGCUGCACAUCCAUGAUGCCAAUCUCCCGUUCCACCACAUCCCAAAGGUGCUCUAUUGGAUUGAGCUCAGGUGACUGUGGAGGCCAUUUGAGUACAGUGAACUCAUUGUCAUGUUCAAGAAACCAGUCUGAGAUGAUUCACGCUUUAUGACAUGGUGCGUUAUCCUGCUGGAAGUAGCCAUCAGAAGAUGGAGACACUGUGCUCAUAAAGGGAUGGACAUGGUCAGCAACAAUACUCAGGUAGGCUGUGGCGUUGACACGAUGCUCAAUUGGUACUAAUGGACCCAAACGGGGGAAAAGAAUAUCCCCCACACCAUUACACCACCACCACCAGCCUGAACGCUGAUACAAGGCAUGAUGGAUCCAUGCUUUCAUGGUGUUGAGGCCAAAUUCUGACCCGACCAUCUGAAUGUGGCAGCAGAAAUGGAGACUCGUCAGACCAGGCAACGUUUCUCCAAUCUUCUAUUGUCCAGUUUUGGUGAGCCUGUGUGAAUUGUAGCCUCAGUUUCCUGUUCUUAGCUGACAGGAGCGGCACCCGGUGUGGUGGUCUGCUGCUGAAAAUCCCAGUAGAUCAGCAGUUUCUGAAAUACUCAGAGCAGCCCGUCUGAACAACCAUGCCACGUUUAAAGUCACCUAAAUCCCCUUUCUUGCUCGCUUUGAACUGCAGCAGAUCGUCUUGACCAUGUCUACAUGCAUUGAGUUGCUGCUAUGUGAUUAUGGCGGAUUAGAAAUUUGCGUUAACGAGCAGUUGACCAGGUGUACCUAAUAAAGUGGCCAGUGUGUGUAUAUAUAUAUAAAAUUCUAGCAAAUAUCAUCCUAAAAAAAAGGUUAACGAUUGAUUCAAUAAAUUGUUCUGUCAAUCGAUUCAUUCAAAAGAGCUGAUUCAUUUCUAAACGUUUUUUUCCCCUUAUCGGGAGAACAUCCACAAUUACAGAAUGUUUUCAAAUAUAUAAUAAAGAUCCUCUACAUUUUACUUGCAUAUAAAAUUAAAACGUUUCCUUCUAUAAUUAUCGAGAAAGGUGUUUUUAUGUGUUUAGUUUAAAAACAGAUUCAAAUUUCGAAUCCAAAAUAAAAAUGUGAGCACCUCUGCUUUAUUUCUAAAUAAUAAUGCUGCGGCACACUUGAGUUUGAGCUUGUGAAAUUCUGUCGUACAGCACUGUGAAAAGGAGCAGGAAUAAACAAGAUGAUUAGACGUGUAAAAAAAAAAGCAAGCGAUUGCUCCAUAUUUGAAAUAUCUGUCCAGAAAGAUCAUGUUUUGAUCUUCGAUUGGUCUGACGCAGUCACAUGAUGUGAUCUCGCAGGUCAGAGUUCACCAAGCUUGAACUUUCCAACACGAUGAACUGCGAAACUUGACGCACAACCUUGCGUUUCCGGUCUGACGCAUUUGCCUGCGUAUGAAUAGACGUCUAUGGGAAGAAGAGUGCAGUGUGACCGCAGUAGGUAGUGCUCUCGCUUCACAGCAAGAAGGUCACUGGUUCGAGCCUCAGCUGGGUCAGUUGGCGUUUAUGUGUGAAGUUCGCAUGUUCUCCCCAUGUUGGCGUAGGCUUCCUCCUUAGACAUGCGCUAUUGUCCUUAGUGUAUGUGUGUGGAUGGAAGUGUAUGGGUGUUUACCAGUGAUGGGUUGCAGCUGGAAGGACGUCAGCUGCGUAAAACAUAUGCUGAAUAAGUUGGCGGUUCAUUCCGCAGUGGGGACCCCAGAUUAAUAAAGGGACUAAGCUGAAAACAAAAUGAAUUAAUGAAAAAUUGUACUAAAAUUGAACAUAAAUUGCAAUAUUAUUGUACUUGACUGAUAUUAUAUACUUCUAAAGCAUUUAUUAAAGCUAAUUUCAGCAUAUCCACAUUAAAAAGCAAGUGGUUCCUUUAAUAUCUUUCAUAGGCGUGAUAACAGUAUUAUGUUAACUAAUGGCACUUUAUUGAUUAACACUACAGGGUUUCAUUCAUUCAAAACUAAAAUCACUUUUAUUGGCAAGUUAACACUAAGAUUAGCUUUUUUGACUACAUUUAUUAGUCAAUAUAGUUUAUCUGUUACCAUUAGUUGAUUUUUCAUUAGCAAAUGUUAUGGCAAACUCUAUUCCUCACUGUUAGUUCACGCUCCUGAAUGCAGAAACUAAUGUUAACAAAUCAGACUUACUGUAAAAUGUCACAGUGUUCAUCAAAAACACUUUCAGCCAAUGACAAGAGUGCACACCGAGUGCCACGCCCACCACCAUUCCUGUCCAAUCACAGAGGAGAUGAUCCUGAUUGGCUGAUGCUGAAGUUGAGUGACAGCAAUAAUGUGAUCGAGAGUGUGCAUGUGUUUUGUGUUUCUCAUUGGUGCUCCACUGUCAUGUGAUCAAGGGCGUUUCCCUUUAAGCUCCGCCCACUGAACAGGGCGCUGCGGUGCCAAAAUAAAACCAAAACACUGAAUAAUCUACAUUCUGUUCUGUCACGCUUUACAAUAAGGUUGGAUUUGUUAACAUGAAACAAUGAUGAUACAUCUACACUA